AUGAGAAUAGAACUUAAAGUUAUUGAAGGAAGAAAUUUAAAGGGAGCUGACUUCGGAGGACUUUCUAGUGACCCUUAUUGUAAAAUUAUUACAAGACAAUGUACCCAACAAACACAAACUAUUCGUAACACAAGAAAUCCAUCAUGGAAUAAAUCAUUCAUUAUGGAAGUUUUCCCAGGAGAGGAUAUUAGAUUUGAAGUUUAUGAUUAUGAUACCUUUGGAAAGAAUGACUCUCUUGGAUCAACCCAUUACAAAGUUAUGAAUGGUUUCCCAGGUCAAGUUGUUGAUACUUGGUUAGGCCUUUCAAAAAAAGGUGAAAUUCAUAUCCAAAUUAUCUUCCAAACUGGUGCACCAGCCCCUGGUAUGGUUCCACCAAUGCAACCAGGUAUGAUGCCUCCACCUGGUGCUUACCCACCACCAGGAUAUCCACCAAUGCAACCAGGUAUGAUGCCACCUCCCGGAUAUCCACCAAUGCAACCAGGUAUGAUGCCUCCACCUGGUGCUUAUCCACCACCAGGAUAUCCACCAAUGCAACCAGGUAUGAUGCAUCCACCAGGAUUUUAUUAA